AUGCUAGCUCCUGGGACGAACAAGACGAAAGUGACUAGGUCGAAGAAUGGGUGUCUUGUUUGUAGGAGUCGAAGGGUCAAGUGUGAUACAGGCAAACCCGAAUGCGAGAGGUGUAUCAAGUACGGCGCCGAGUGUGUGUACCCGGAGAGAAAGACAUUCAACUCCCAAAAGGUCGCUGAAAAGCUGCACAAACGACAUCAUUCCAGCCCAGUCGCCGAAUCUUCCGCAUCCGCCCAAAGUAGACCCCGAUCCGAGAUCCAGCUUCAGCUUCAGCCAGAACCAUCCCCCACCCCUCGCAGCGUACCGUCCUCCGCAUCCCAUCAUUUCCAUCCAUCGCACAUGGCACAUCAGUCUCAUCAUGGAAAGCCUACGAAUGUUGCGCCGCUGCACAAGAUUAGGGCGAUGGAUCCGUUUGAUCUGUUGAUGGCGCUGUGUCGGGAUACGAGGAUGGGGCAGUUCUUUAGUGGGCCUGUGGAUCCGCCAGAGUUUUUGAAGGAGGCGUUUCCAGUGGCCGAUGAUCUCAGAUGUUUCCAUCACUGUUUCACGUACACACUCUCCACUUUUGUCGUACACGAAGAUCCGAACCCAUGGCUCGACCACGUCAUCCCUCUCCUUCUCUUCGCCUCCGGAGAUACGCCUUUGUGUACUGGUGCUUUGAGACUAGCACUGCUUGCCGUCGGCGCAGUACAUCUCGCUUCAUUAGAAGACAAGGGAAGCGCGCCCGACACCAAUGGACAUACCUCUCGCCUGGGACUCAGCUAUAGAAACGAAGCUAUCAGACUCUUGAGGAUGGCGCAGCAUGUCCCGGUGGAGCUGAGAUCGGAUACGUUUCUGGCGGCGAGUAUGAUGGUCUCGGGUGCCGAUCUGCUAGGUGCCCAGCCGAGAUGGCGCGAGGCCUUACGACUUGCCCAUGCUUCUGUUCGGUUUCGAGGUGGAUGCGAUGCGAUUCUAUUCGGCGACCGCGGACCAGAGCCUCCGCUCCCUCUUCGAGUCUGUUUGAUCGAGUACUUGGUGCAUGUGGAUCUGCUAGCGUCGAUGACAACGGGCGAUCCUUGUGUUGUGAUUACAGAGUCGUCGGAUUGGUGGGAGAAGCUGCAAAGUCAAGAUUCAUCCGUGCUCGAUUCGAUCGAGAGUACUACCGGGUACCAUCGCAGUAUCGUCAAACUUACCGUUCGCGCCAACAACAUCCUCUUCGAAGCCUGCCACCGCUCCCGAUACAUCUCCCCUCCCUCUCCUUCGUCCACCCCCACCCACCGGCCAGAGCUUCCACAACGUAUAAUCAAGUUCUGCACCGACCUCGAAGCAUGGAGGAGAGACGUUCUGCCGACUAUCACGGAUAAGAGGACGAGGGACGGGAGUUUGGCGCUUUGGGUGGGGGUGCAGAUCUUGGUGCAUCGGGAGCUGCUGGGGAGGAGACGGGAGGAGGAGGUGGUACAGAAGUAUGCUGUGGAGGCGCUGGAUAUCUGCGCGGAUGUGGGACCGAAAGUGGAGUAUAUGAACUGGCCCCUUCUCAUCGCCUGCACAGUCCUCUACGCCCCUCCCCAGCGCCAACGCGCCCGGGAGAUCAUCAAAUCAUUCAUGUACCAGUGCUCAUACGAGCUCGACGUGCUGGAGAAAGUGUCAGAAGAGUGUUGGAGGAGAAUGGACGAAGGGAUGGACGACGAGGCUUGUAUGUGGCGAGAGAUCUUGAUAGAGAUUGGAUCUGCGGUCAUGUUGGGUUAA